GUUUCAGAUUUUUAUUUAUUUAUUAUUUUGUCUAUAAGCGCCUAUGUAAGCUCCUAGCAUUGUAGAUGCCCUUAUCGACCCGCCGCCCGCCGCCUCCAAGUCCGGCGUCCGCCUGCUCUCCCGCCACAAACUUCCGCCCGCCGUCUCUGCUCGCAGAUCGCCGCUGAUGGCGUCUGGAUCUACUUCUUCCGGCUCUGGGAGGGGGCCUUCCGGCGGUUCUGGUCCCCUUGGGAGGGGCCUGAUCUCGUGCUUGCACGGCAGCAGCUGCCGCGCCGAGGACGCGCCCGACCAGGAUUUGCCCCUGGCCAUCGACAAGCUCAUCGUCGGCUUCUACGAGGAGGCGUUCAGCCGGCUCCCCUGCGACGCCAUGCCGGACCUCCUCCGCCUCCUCGCCACCGAUGGCGGCGGCUCCUGCCUCGGCCUCCUCGACCCCGUCUCCAACAUCAUCCUCAACACCCUCGCCCUCCUCCCCAAAGACGCCGCCCCCGCCCCCGCAGCAGCAGCUUCCACCUCUCCGUCUCCGCCCGCCACAAGAAGAUCCAAAAGACGGGCGCUCAACACCACCAGACGAUCCAUCCCCGGUUUGGGCGGCUUGCGCCAGCUUGUAUCAAGAUCCUACCACAGUCUCCUCGCCUUCCUCAUGGCAUAUUUCGGAUGCCUCAAAAAGGAGCAGGCCAUCAGCUACCUCUACAGGGCCGACGCCAAUCUUCUCCUCGCCGUCAUGCUCAUCCAACAUGAUCUAUAUGCGGGGGAAGCAUUGGACCCUGAAUCUGAUAGGACCCAAGCCGCCCUCGAGUCGGCAGCCACCAUAGCAGGUCACCCUUCGCCCACCACCUUGGCUCACCUGAUGUCAAUCCGGCUCCAAGACGGCAACUUUGCCCUUCUGAAGAAGCUGUUUUCAGCUGAUGCUCAAGGUAUCCCUCUCACAGUUGAGGAUGUCCGGGCAACCCACCGCAUCCUACACAUGAUGAUGAGCCCGGUUUGUACUGCCAGCAUUAUCCAUACCAAAAGAGGGCUGGUUGUCAAUGUUCGUCACAUACUGGAGGCCAGGUGCUCCGAAACUAUAUCAUUCUCUACUACGGCGGACGCCAGGAUCGCCACCACCACCUUGGUCUGGGGUGGAAACCCCAUCUCGUCAUUGCAGUCCGGACUCCUGCCUGACAAGCUGCAAGAUUGCCUGGGAAUAGCAAUAGAAGAUGGCCGGAAACACAAUCUCAAGACACCAUGUGGCGUCGGCGACGCCUGCGAUUACCUGCAGUCUCUCAAGAUGUACCUCCAUGGUAUGAUUCACAACUUGUACAUCAAGGUGCUCAAGUUGCUGCCUACACCCUCUGGCACACUCAUGCGCAGCAUCCUCAAGGCUGGCCACUGCUACGGCUGCAUGGACCCUGUCUCCAACAUCAUCGUCAACUCCAUCUGGUACAACUGCCGUGGCUGCAAUCUGCCAAUUUCUGAACGCAGGGAGAUGGUAGAGUACAAUGACGUCCUGGACCCCCUAUCUCUGCUCCGCACACAGGUUCACUCCGUCAAGGGCCUUAUGGAGCUUGCUGCAUUCGCCGACCCCCAAUUCUCGUUGCCGGCUUUUGCUCUGGAGUUCCUCUGCAGUACAAAAUGCGACAUUGCUAACAUGUUGCCAUCAUCGACAGAGAGUUCUGAAAAGAACCCCUUCCAUGAGUCUGCCAAGGCCGCUGGACACACUUGGGCCCUUGGGCUGGGUGAACUGCACCAGCAGCUGUUGUUGAUGCCCGAUACGCGAAGCGAGCUGCUCUCAUUUAUAACCGAGGCUCAAACUAGUGGUACUGUGUUGCGCGUCGAUGAAAUGGAAAUUCGUAUUUCACUCAUGUGGGACAGAAACAGAUCCGGGGCUCACACUGUGCAAGCUCCUGAACUUUGUGCGGGGGCAUUGAGGGCGGUGUCAAGUGAGAGAUCAGAUUAUGAGGAUCGGAGGAGCUUGUUCCGUUCAAAGAUUGAACAGUUGCUCAAGGAAUACACGACCCAGCAGCUUUUGGGAUCAGAGUAUAAACUUGAUAUUAUCUUGGGUGUGGAGGAAAUAAACAAAGGCAACCUCCCCUGCGCUGUUAUUCGCUACCAUGUGAACUUCACGGCCACUUGUAAUUUGGGGCUUCAGAGGACGCUUUUCUACGCUGAAUUCUCGUUAUCCUCACGUGAGCAGGAGCCAGAAUUCUGCUGCCCUCUACCCUAUGCGAAUGCGGGCCGUUGCUACUAUGGUGUGCAUAGUGCGAGGAAAAUUGUCUAUCCAGAUGACGCCAAGUACAUCCCGGACGAUAUCACCUUCCGUGGAACCCGCAGCGUGGAUGGCAUGCUAGGGAUGGACCUGGUCUACUUCAGUCCCAAGUUCGACGUGGAGAUUGCUGAGAAUCUGAACAUGUUGCACAGUGAAGAAGAAGAAAAGAAGAAGAAGAAGAAGAAGAGGACGAGGAGGGGGAUGUGUCGUCCUAAUUAAUGCACAUUCUGCGAUCAGAAACUGGAUGACAGAAAUUGCACCAUCAUGUUUGGUUUCCUUGAGCUAGCUGCUACUGUUAUGUGUGUGGAUGCCUUAACAAUUUGCUUAUUGCUCGGCCUUGUUAAAUUUGUGUGUUAAGUAAAUCAAGCUAGGUCACUCGCUGCUAUGGUUGUGAAACCAGCGUGAUGGAGCCUGCCAGUAGUAGGCUCUUAAUUUGGUCUGCUGGAUCGUACACAGUAAGUAGUAGCUACGCUCUAGUUUCAGUCAAGUAGUAGUCCUCCUAGGUCCUAGCAGCAGCAGCAGCUUCAAAUUCCAUCAGAACCAGUAUAUGUGCUUUGCAUUUCCUUUUGUGAUAUGGUUCAACCUGUA